AUGGGCAGCCGCCGUCUCGAGUGGAGCCGGUGCUUGGAAGGCAAUCCUAGUUCCUGGUCAAUGAUUGGCUUGGGCGGUGCUGCCUUCGCCGUUGCCACGGAGGCAGCUCCUGGCUGGCAUAUACCUUUCUUUUACAUCAGCGGCGUGAAUGCGCUGGAGUGCCGAUUUACCCAGUGGCAUCCAGAAGAACCUCAUGUUGCAGUGUUCGACGCUGAAGAACUGCACCAUGAUGCUUGGGUCAGCUAUCCUGCUGGAAAGAUCUAUGUCCGUGAAGUGCCCUCGCCCUUGGUCAUCACCUGCAGCCUGACAUUUGUGCAACAAGAUACUAUUGACGUCGUAUUCACCACGGUGGCCGGCGCGCAGAUGUUGCGCAUCGCCAGGUUGUCAAGCCUGCCGGAGAUGGAACAGCUUGCAACAGCCGCUGCCAUGGCGGCGGCAGCGCAAGGCCGUCUGCAGAGCCGCAACCAAGCAGUGUGCACGGUCUUGGAAGGGCAGGCAACCCCACUGGGCACGGUGGCCCUGUCGGAUGACUUGUGGGACAAGAUGACAGUGCAGGAGGCCGCGGAUGGUGCUCCAACCCUGCUUGCAAAGCAGCUGAGAAGCACGAAGCCCAAGUUGCGAAGCGCAUGCGACAAGAGGCGCGACAAGAGGCGCGACGAGAAGCUGGCGCUGGAAAACGAGGUCCACUUCCUGACGUUGAGGCUGAAGUGGCCAAGCGCCGGCGAGAACAGGCUCGCGAAGAAGCGGGAGCUGGCGAGCGAGGUCCAUGUCCUGGCGAGGGAGGUCGCCCUGCCGAUGCUGAAGCUCAAGCUGCCAAGCGCCUCCGAGAGGAUGCCCGGCAGGAAGCCGGAGCUGGCGAGCGAGGUCCAUGUCCUGGUGAAGGUGGGCGCCCUGCCGAUGCUGAAGCUCAAGCUGCCAAGCGCCUCCGAGAGGAUGCCCGGCAGGAAGCCGGAGCUGGCAGGCGAGGUCCAUGUCCUGGUGAAGGUGGGCGCCCUGCCGAUGCUGAAGCUCAAGCUGCCAAGCGCCUCCGAGAGGAUGCCCGGCAGGAAGCCGGAGCUGGCAGGCGAGGUCCAUGCCCUGGUGAAGGUGGUCGACCAACCCUCGAGCCAGAUCAAGUUGGCAAAGCGGGAGGUCAACGCCAAGCUUGCUGCCGACUGUGAACACAAGGGCCAG